UCUUGUUCUGUUUGUCAAGCCGCGCGGUUGCUCGGAUCGCAACUCCAUCGAAUCGCAUCGAAUCUGCAAUCUGAAAUUCGGAAAUAGGAAUAAGAGAGCAUCAUAAAUCCCUCGAAUUUUGCAAUUAAUGAAAUCUCCGCAAUCUGCGAUCCCCAGUUCCGGUCACGGUCACGGUCACUCUCGCAAGUUGCAUUAGUAAUAUUGCAUUUUCUAUUGUCCACUCUCCAACUUCAAAUCCCACUCUCAGCCGUGUCUCAACCAUUGCUAUUAAAUCUAUCCCAUUAAAUUCUAUUUUGUAUCGUAACAAGUGCUUGGGAUCCGGCCAGCCGCCACUCGGUGGCCGAGUGUCAUUCCGCGCACCAGGAUCGUAACCCCCAACGGCCUGAUCCUGCAUCGGCUAAGCCAGGAUUACUAUUUCCAUUAUUACCAUUAUCACUAUCGGCGCUAUGAGUUUCCAUAAGAGCGAUAGUCGGACGCCUUUGGCGCCCACUGAGUACACUAAAAUACCGACGGUCGCUGCGGGCUACGGUGAGAACGAGAAGCCCGGCAAAGGCGGUAAAGGCGGCCAACCCAAGUUCAUUCGCUCGGACAUGGCCGAUGUGCCAGUGCAGCAGGCGGCUGGCUCCACGCUGCCCCUGGUCAUAACCCGGAAGAAAGGCGGCGACGACUCCGAGGAUGGCAACUAUAAUCCGUUUGAGCACCGCAAGGUGGAGCAUCCCACAUCGGACCUCGAGACCUUUGUUCACCUGCUAAAGGGUUCCCUGGGCUCUGGCAUUUUGGCCAUGCCCAUGGCCUUCUCCCAUGCCGGUUUAUGGUUUGGUUUAGUAGCCACCUUUUUGGUGGGCACUCUGUGCACCUACUGUGUCCACAUUCUGGUCAAGUGCGCCCACAUCCUUUGCCGGCGACGCAAGAUCCCCAUGAUGGGCUUUGCCGAUGUGGCAGAGCAGGCCUUCCUCGACGGUCCACCAUCGCUGAAUCGCUGGUCACGCUUCAUCCGGUUCAUGGUUAACACAUUUCUGGUGAUCGAUCUGUUGGGCUGCUGCUGCAUCUAUCUGGUGUUUGUGGCCACCAAUGUGGAGCAGGUGGUGCGGGUCUACAUGGAGACGGAACUCAGCAUCAGGGUGUGGAUAAUGAUCGUGACGGCGCCGCUGAUCUUUAUGUGUUUAGUAAGGAACCUCAAGUUCCUCACGCCCUUCUCGAUGAUUGCCAAUAUUCUGAUGUUUGUGGGCAUUGUGAUCACCUUUAUCUACAUGUUCUCGGAUCUGCCUGCUCCCGCUGAGCGUCCUGGCAUUGUGUCGGUGACCGAGUGGCCGCUCUUCUUCGGCACUGUGAUCUUUGCUCUGGAGGGCAUCGGUGUAGUCAUGUCCCUGGAGAAUGACAUGAAGAACCCCACCCAUUUCAUUGGCUGCCCUUCGGUCUUGAACUUGGGCAUGGGACUGGUCAUCGCUCUGUACACUCUGGUUGGAUUCUUUGGCUUCCUGAAGUACGGUCCGGAGACGCAGGCCAGCAUCACGCUGAAUCUGCCAUUGGAGGAUAAACUGGCUCAAUCUGUAAAGCUGAUGAUUGCCAUUGCCAUCUUCUUUACCUUUACGCUGCAGUUCUAUGUGCCCGUCUCGAUCCUCUGGAAGGGGUUGGAGCACAAGAUCCGGCCAGAGAGGCAGAACAUCAGCGAGUACGCCAUGCGAGUGGGACUGGUGCUGCUGUGCGGUGGCAUCGCCGUGGCCUUGCCCAACCUGGGGCCCUUCAUCUCCCUGAUCGGCGCCGUGUGUCUGAGCACGCUGGGCAUGAUUGUGCCGGCGGUGAUCGAGCUGGCAGUGUACCAUGAGGAUCCCGGUUUUGGGCGCUUCAAGUGGAGGCUGUGGAAGAACUCCGGCCUGAUACUGUUCGGCGUGGUGGGCUUCGUGGCCGGUACAUACGUCAGCAUCAUCGAAUUCCACGCCGAGUUCAGCGGCGGCCACUGAGACAGCCGCUGGCCUAGCUGCUAAUGCUAAUUUUUAAUUUAAAUUAGUCUUAAAUGAAACUCUUCUAAGCACAGGGAUGUCUAAGCUAAGUUUUUAACUAAUUUUAGGGCUAACCAAAGUUUUCUAGGACUCCAAAAAAAAAACUCCCGCCAGCCUCUGCCUCCGCCACUGUGGUUAUACCUUUUCCCACCUUAUCCAAACCCCAAUCCGACACCCAAACACACAAAAAACAUAGCAACCAAACAACAAAAGUAUUUCGAUUUAGUCGGUGCCAACGCCCUCCUGGGGGGCGUGGCAUUAAGGUUACUUAGAGAAUUCUUGUAGAAGCGAUUUUGUAUCGUAGUGAUUUUGACAACAACUUAGUCGUAAUUAGUUCCUACUCGAACUAAGCCAA